AUGCUUAACCUGAGCGGGCUCAAAGACAUUCCUAAAGGCCUAACUGGUCCACGCUCAUUGAGUCCUAAUCCGCUUCUUACCAAUGGGCCUGACUCUCGAAUAAGCUCCGAUCCGGCAUCUAGUAUAACUAUCCCCAUUAGACCAAAUCUUCAUACUACCACUUCAUCUCAUCCGGUCGAUCCCUCACCUGUAGGAGAACCAUCGACAGGCAAUCCCAUCGGCACGCCUGCGGCUGAACCUACUCCUAAGCCUUAUGUUCGGGACGGCUACCUCACCACUCGGUUUGAGCAUGCUCAGACUGACGAGGGGUUCAUCGUCUUGACAGGCAGGCAAGGUGAAAUUACCAAGUGCGAAGAUGAACCCAUACGUGUACCGGGUGCAAUUCAGGCCUUUGGUGUUCUGAUCGCGGUCAAUGCAGAUAACCACCAAGAAGUGUUGCAAAUAUCUCGUGUGGAAGUGGUGCAAGUCUCUGAAAACUCAGGGCUUAUUCUUGGCCACAGUCCACAAUCGUUACUACAGCUUCACUCAUUCUCCGACAUCCUCUCGCCCGAUGAGGCUCAAGUACUUUAUGAUAAUCUUGAAGUGACACUCGAGGGGGGACAAGAAGAAGCCGGUGCGCAUACGUUCAGGCUAUCUGGACAAGGUGGACGGGGUUCAGGGCUAGAUGGCCGAUCAAGUCACAGCACAUGGACGUGUUGGUGUGCAGCCCACCGACCAGAGCCUAUCCGCAGGCCGGCAUUGAUCAUUGUUGAAUUCGAGCUUGAGACUGAUACAAUAAACCCUCCGUCCAUUAUCUCGAGAGAGCCCCUGAGUUACGAUGAGCGUGGAGGAAUGGCAGGAGAACCUUAUCUUCCCACUGAAGAAGACCUGAUUGAGUCGACUCGAUCAGUCAACAAGCCAAUCAAGGCACUCUCCCGACUUCGUAAGAAGGGUAAAGACUUUAGUGGUGAUAGUGUCGAGGUACUCUCGAUUCUGAGUCAGGUCAACGAACAAUUUGACAAAGCUAAAGAUUUACCCAGUUUCCUGAAGAUGUCGGUUGGAGUAGUUCGUGAACUGACUGGCUUCCAUCGUGUCAUGGUUUAUCAAUUUGAUGAGAAUUGGAACGGUCAAGUUGUAGCUGAAUUAGUAGACUGGAAACAGACACGAGAUCUUUAUCGAGGUCUGAGAUUUCCUUCAACUGAUAUCCCGGCACAGGCGCGUGAUCUGUAUCUGAUCAACAAGGUACGAAUGCUGUAUGACCGGGACAUGCCCACCGCUCGAUUGAUGUGUCGGUCGCCAGAGGAAGUGAACACACCGUUGGAUAUGACACAUUGCCAUCUGCGGGCAAUGAGUCCAAUCCAUAUCAAAUACCUCGCCAACAUGGGUGUCCGUGCUUCAUUCUCAAUUUCAAUAAUCUGUAACAACGCAUUGUGGGGCUUGAUUUCAUGCCAUUCGUAUGGUCGAUAUGGUCAUCGGGUCACCUUUCCAACUCGUCACUUCUGUCGGAUGUUGGGAGAUAGUAUCUCAAGAAACAUUGAGCGACUCAAUCUUUCUCAUCGAUUAGAAUCACGAAAGCUGAUCAAUACAGCUGCGACAGCUGCUAACCCAUCUGGCUACAUUGUGGCAAAGGCUGAAGACCUCCUAUGGUUAUUUGAUGCCGAGUUUGGAGUACUAUCGAUUGGGGACGAGGCCAAGAUUUUGGGACCGGUUCACAAUAGUCAAGAGCUAUUGGCUGUGUUGGAAUAUCUACGUGUCAAGUCAUUCAACUCAAUGCAAGUAUCAACAGAUAUCUCACAAGAAUAUGCCGAUAUUGCAUACCCCGCGACCUUCCAGACCAUUUGUGGAAUGUUGGUGAUUCCCCUUUCUAGGGGCGGACAAGACUUUAUAGCUUUCUUUCGACAAGGUCAAUUGAAAGAGAUUCACUGGGCUGGGAACCCAUAUGAAAAAGACGAAAAGGCGGGGCGUAGUCCCACAGCUUCUGAAGAAAGCUAUGCUCAUUUGAGAACAUUAGAGCCGCGUAAAUCGUUCAAGAUCUGGUCUGAGACUGUCAGAGGGCGAUCCAAAAAUUGGACGGAGGAGCAACUCGAAACAGGAUCAGUUCUUAGUUUGGUCUAUGGUAAAUUUAUUGAUGUAUGGCGGCAGAAGGAAGCAGCCGUUCAUACCAAUCAAUUACAAACAUUGCUUUUAUCGAAUGCUAGUCACGAAGUUAGGACACCUUUGCAUCAAAUUCUGUCGACUUUGGAGUUGGCGUUGGAUGGUAAUCUGGAUGAUGAAACAAGGGAUAAUUUAUCAAGGUCUUACCACGCGUCGAAAUCUUUGGUUCACGUGAUCAACGAUCUUCUGGACUUGACUAAGGCUGAACAGGGAGGUGACCUAUUCUCGCGCGAGCCAUUCCACCUCGCCUCAACUAUUGAAGAAGCCAUCUCCAUUCAUCGAAGGGAAGCCGAGCGCAAGGGCUUACAAUUCCAUGUCAUAGAGAGUCCGAACUGCGCUCCGGUCACCGUCGCAGGUGACCGAGCUCGGCUAAGACAGGUCGUUUCGAACUUGGUCGGCAAUGCAGUCAAACACACUACACACGGUACGGUCCAAGUGUACUGGGGUGAUGAAGCUACCGAAAGUGACCAGGGAACAAUAUCGGAAGAACAUGCAAGAAUCUUCGUCUCUGUGACUGACACCGGCCGAGGCAUCCCUGAAGCUAAAUUAGAAAGUAUCUUCCGAGCUUUCGAGCAGGUUGAAACCGGUGAAUCCAUAGAUGGGACUCAACCCGAAGAAUCUCUAGGCCUUGGACUGGCUGUCGUCGGUCGGGUUGUUCACAAUCUGGGUGGCCAGCUUCGAGUGGACUCCAAGGUCAAUCAGGGAUCAAAGUUCACCAUCAUCUUACCGUUUGCGGUUGUGGUGCCCUCAGCCUCAGGUGGAUCGGCACCCUCCCGGCGUGGUUCACUGAGCACAUCCGACAACUCUCCCGCGAUGUUGCGGAAUCGGUCAGAUGACUCUAAUGCUGCCAAUCGGUCGCUCUUGGCAAAGCGGUCGAGUACUGGUAGUGUCGGGAGUGGAUCAGGCGGGCACCGUUCCGAAAUCGAUGGUCUUGUUGAGGCUAUCCAAGGGCCUGUAGGUAUAGCCGACACGACCGCAGGAGGGCUACGAACCCCUUUCAGCCCAAACCGAACUCGACUGCGUAGCCCAGUUGGCUCAUCGAACACACCUGCGCGUGCUUAUAAGUCUACGGAAGAUACAGGUAGCAGUUCAAGCUCGCAUUCUGCCCUUGGGUGGCCAGGAGCAAGCAGAUUUGAGUGGCCACAUAAAACUGUCAAGUUGGCCGGCAAUUCAAACUCUAAAAGUCGGUCUCUAACGCCCAAAGGUCCAAGUUCAGACAGCUCGGCUCCUGCAAAACUCACGCAUGCUUCGUUAGCGAAGAUUGAAACGGACCAGGACAGCCAUCAACGCUCUGUUUCGCAUGAUGCUUUAGUCAGUGCUGAAUCAUCAAAACUCGGAUACUCCUCAACAAAAAGAGAUAGGAAAGCAGAUCAGAAGAUCACUUAUGUGCCGAAUCGAGCAAGUGUGAUAUCUCCUUUGCGAAUCGGCCAAGCAACUCAGACGACAGGUUCGAAUGUUCGAGCGAGACAGUCACUCAGUGGACUUAGAAGUGAUAGCGUGUCUGUGGAGACAGGAAGCAUGCAGUCACAUGAACCAGCAAGUAUUAAGUCGGCCGAGACCACCAGGAGUACAGCUUCGAGUAAUUUGAUGGUGGAUCAUAUAAGUAACUUUACUCGAUCGGUAAAUUCAAGGGUGGUUUCGAAAGAGCCUAUGAGAGUGAUGGUAGUUGAAGAUGAUGCGAUCAAUCGAGUAAUUUUGAAGAAAAAGCUAACUCAAAGCGGACAUGCAGUUGCGUUGACGGUACACGGACAAGAAGCCGUUGAACUUUUUUCAAAAGAUGCACAAUUUGAUAUCAUAUUGAUGGACUUACAGAUGCCAAUUUGUGAUGGAUUAGAAGCGACACGGAGGAUACGAGAGUUUGAAAAAGAACGGACCAAAUGGGAUGUAUCGUUACCAAAAAGUCAUCGAAUCAAUUGUGGUGUACCUAUCUUAGCAGUCUCAGCUAGUUUACAUGAACGCCAACGGGCUGAGAUCACAGAUGCAGGAAUGGAUGGAUGGAUUUUGAAACCUGUGGACUUUGCCAGGUUAUCAAGUUUGAUGGUAGGCGCCAUUGAUCCCUUACUGAGAUCUGGUCAAGUAUAUAAUAGACCUGGAAUGUGGGAAAAAGGAGGAUAUCUUGAAGUACCAGAACGCAGAUUGGAGCUCUGA